AGUGGCCAGCAGCUAGAGAGACCUCCCAAAGAUCCACCAGCAAGGUAGAUGAGGAGGGACUGGAGCUUGUGGUGUGUAGGCAUGGUGUUCUGCUGCGUGCUCUCAAUAUUACAGGGGAGAAAUGUUUGCUUAUCCCCUGUAUUUGCAAGAAAAGCUUGCCAGCAGGCAAAUCACUUUCUUCUGUAUGGAUGUGACCUGCAAGUAUUGGCCCUACCUCCAAAAAGUUGCAAAAAGCUGUCCAGAGCUCCAGCCCCUCCUCAGCAUGAAGCCGUUCCUGUCUGUAUUUCAUGCCAAAGCUCAUGAUUUCAAAUGCGAGGUCAAAUGGAGUGGGGCAUAUCAGGAAGGGGCUGGCCUAACACUAGGCGAGGAGGUUGAGCAGUGCAAUGCCUUCCUCUCUAGGAUUGCAGUGACCACAAAGCACAUGUCAAAAGCUGGACGCACAGACAUGCUGACUCUCUUGGCCAUGCGCUGGAAUCAGCAAAAGUUCGACAAUUUGGUCACCUCACUGUCUCACAGAUAUCACAAGACCAUACAAUCUCUACAAAGCAAGCAACAGAAUGUUGAGUCCAUGAAAGCUCAGUUGGCAGUGACAGAGAGCCAUUUGGAAGACUGGGUCAGUGAUGUCAAAGAGUGGGCAGAAGCAACAACAAACACAAGCACAAAUGAUGUGGAUGCCUUGGCCAGUAGAAUCGAGGUGCUGGUGACCAGUAUAAAGAGACGCUCACAGCGUCUUUAUAAAGAUACUGACGGCAACAAAGGUCGUGCCAGGAUCCGCCGCAAAAUCAGGGAGGAGAAGGGGAUCCUGACCUCUGUUGUGGAGAAAUACAACAAAAUAGUUCCAAGCACAGAAAGUCUUUGCAUGGAAACCAUUGUGUCUGGCGAGACAGCUUGGCCAUGGCAGCUACCACACAGUGGUAUGACACACAAACACAGAACCAGUACCCUCAAAUGAGGAUCUGUUACCCUACAGGACUUUAGACAUUCUUUGACAGAGUACAUAUAACUAACUUCAUGAUAUUGUCUAUGUACAGUGCCUUGAGAUAAUGUAUGUUGUGAAUAAAAUUGAAUUCACUUCAAAUCUUUGUAAAAAGAAAUGCAUUUGAGACUCUGUCGAUCUAAGGACAAAGAGAAAGGCGUUUGACAUCAUCAUGGCAGUAAGGAGACUGGAGGAGGAGAAGAAUAUUCUUGUUCUGGAGAUGGACCACCACUGGAAAUGGCUUUCAACUCGUGCAAAGACCUCGCAAGAGUUGUCCAGUCUACUUUCUAGUGAGACAGUGAAAAAUUGGCCAUGUGGCUUUAGUGAAGAGGGGUUGAAAGGUCUGCAGAGCAUCAUCCUGAGAAAGCAGCAGAACAUCAGAG